AUGUCAGAAUACCCAACAGAGGACCAGCAACAUAUGAGCGGCGAAGCUCCCGAGGAAGAGUUUAUUACAAACCAGGAAGUGGACCAGGAAGUGAUAGACGACGAAAACUAUCAAGAUGGAGAUUUCCCUGUAGACGAGGACGAUGAAGAAGAGCCUCAAGACAUCCAGCGUGAUGACGAAAAUGACAUGGAGCAAGACGAGGAUACGUUAGAAAUUGACAUGUCUAACAACUCGAUGGCUUAUUUCGAUAAACACACAGAUUCCGUGUUCACGGUUUUCACACACCCCACGCUUCCGUUGGUGUGCAGUGGUGGCGGUGAUAAUGCCGCGUAUUUGUGGACGUCCCAUUCACAGCCUCCAAAAUUUGCGGGUUCGGUCUCGCACACAGAGUCCGUGAUUGGCGGCGGUUUUACGCCAGAUGGCCAGUAUCUGGUGACUGCUGACAUGAACGGUCAGAUCUUGGUGCACAAAGCGACCAAUGGCGGCGCCAAAUGGAAGGAGUGCGCCAAGCUUCAGGAAGUUGAGGAAGUAGUGUGGAUCAAGAUCCACCCAACAGUGUCAGGUGUAUUUGCCUUCGGUUCCACAGAUGGCUCGGUAUGGUGUUACCAAGUAGACUCCAAAACUGGGCAACUCGAACAAAUUAUGAGUCAGUUUGUACAUCAGGCUGAUUGCACAAUGGGCGAGUUUAUUAACGUCGAAGAAGGCGAUUCCAAUCUGUCCCUAGUAACGUGCUCCGUCGACUGCACAAUAAUUGGGUGGUCAUGCUACACCAGUCAGCAAAUUUUCAAGGUUACCAAGGCUGAAAUCAAAGGAAUUGAAGCUCCUUGGGUUUCUCUCUCCAAAGCCCCAAUUUCCAUGACCAAGAAUACACAGGUGAUCGCAUGUGGUGCCAACAACGGAGUACUAAGUAUUAUCAACUGUACAAACGGAGCCGUUCUACAAUUGAGCACAGUUAUUGAGCUUAAAGAAGACCAAGAUGAUUUGGACGGCUCUAUAGAGUCUAUUGCAUGGUCGCCAAAACUGUCGCUAAUGGCCAUUGGUCUUGUAUGUGGUGAAAUUUUACUUUAUGAUACAUUGACCUGGAGAGUAAGGCACAAAUUUGUACUACCGGACUCUGUUACAAAGCUACAAUUCGACGAAUCUACAGGUUUUACCUUGAUCGCAGCUUGUAUUGAUGGUAAGGUAUAUUUAUUCGACGCAAGAACUGGGUCUGAGCUUCAUAAAUGCGUCGGUCACAACAUGGGUGUUCUUGAUUUUGCAUUGAUUGAAAACGAUAAAAAACUAAUAACGGCUGGUGAUGAAGGUGUAUCACUAAUCUUCCAACUGCCUUAG